UCACUGCAUUUUCCUUCUUGCUCCACUGCUCUGGGUCACUGUUGUUUUUGAUCUUGUUCUUGCUGUCAGGCUCUCUGGGGAUGGCAGUUUCAGCUGCAGAGUUACAGCCUGAUCUUGUGGGUCCUUUCCUGCAGGUGUGUCCAUGGGAACAUGUGUCCCAGCUUUGCUCUGACCUGUGGGGCUGUGGGCAAUGCAGUCUGUGGGGCUGGGGAAUGAGCUGAGUCUCCCUUAGUCAAAUGCCAUCAUUAGAACACUUCACUAUAUCCUUGAGGUUUCCUUCCAAGCUGUGAGCUUCCCUCCAGGAUGCAAACCUGCCCUCCAGCAUCUGUGUGUUAUCUGAAUGCCCUGAGGAGAAGUGCAGAGAUGCUGCGAUAGAGAAAAUGCUGUUGGGUUUGUGAAACGAGCCGUGUGUGUCGUGGUCCAAACACAGGGUACUGAGACCUUAGGAAAGGGUGAGACAUGUCAUGGUUUCAUCUGACAAAACUGAACCCCAGGUCUGUCCCCUGCCCCCCAUUCCCAUGACCCCAUGCUGCAGAGCAGGGCUGACUCCUCUGCAGCCAGUGGGCACAGGCCCUGCUCCUCACGGCACAUCCAACCAACACCUCCCAGGGCUCAGCCACGGAGCUGAAGGAAGGUCUGGAAAAGGACAAUGGGAGUGGAUUAGGGCAGGGUGUAUGAGAAAUGGCUUUGAUUUUGCUCAGAGAAAUGUCCCGUAACUUGUUACUGUCUUUUCUUGGUCUGCCAGUGCCCCAGGCUCAUUGGCAACAAAUGUCCAACAGCAGCUCCAUCACCCAGUUCCUCCUCCUGGCGUUCACAGACACUGAGGAGCUGCGGCUCUUGCACUUCUGGCUCUUCCUGGGCAUCUACCUGGCUGCCCUCCUGGGCAACGGCCUCAUCAUCACCACCAUAGCUUGGGACCAGCACCUCCACACCCCCAUGUACUUCUUCCUGCUCAACCUCUCCCUCCUCGACCUGGGCUCAAUCUCCACCAUUCUCCCCAAGUCCUUGGACAAUUCCCUCUGGGACACAAGGGCUAUCUCAUUUUUGGCAUGUGCUGUACAAGUCUUUAUCUUUCUCUUGUUUAUUGCAGCAGAGUAUUUUCUUCUCACAGUCAUGUCCUAUGACCGCUACGUUGCCAUCUGCAAACCCCUGCACUACAGAACCCUCCUGGGCAGCAGAGCUUGUGUCCACAUGGCAGCAGCUGCCUGGGCCACUGGGUUUCUCAUUGCUCUGCUGCACACGGUCAGUACAUUUUCACUGCCACUGUGCAAGGGCAAUGCCCUGGACCAGUUCUUCUGUGAAAUCCCCCAGAUCCUCAAGCUCUCUUCCUCACACUCUUACUUUAGGGAAGCUGGGCUUAUUGUGGUUAGUGUCUGUUUAGGAUUUGGAUGUUUUGUGUUCAUUGUGCUGUCCUAUGUGCAGAUCUUCAGGGCCGUGCUGAGGAUCCCCUCUGAGCAGGGACGGCACAAAGCCUUUUCCACCUGUCUCCCUCACCUGGCUGUGGUCUCCCUGUUUAUUUGCACUGGCAUGUUUGCCCACCUGAAGCCCCCCUCCAUCUCCUCCCCAUCCCUGGACCUGCUGAUGUCCGUUCUGUACUCGGUGGUGCCUCCAGUUGUGAACCCCCUCAUCUACAGCAUGAGGAACCAGGAGCUCAAGGAUGCCCUGAGGAAACUGAUGACUGGAUUAUUUUCUAAAUCAAUAAUCUGACCAUCAUCUUCUGCAUUACAGUUAUAGUGUACAUUGUUGCAGGCCCAGCCUGUCUUCUGUAUUUUUUGUUGCUGCUUGUGGUUUUUCACAUGUGAUAAUAUUGUCAUCCCCUUUCAAAUUCACUGUCA